GUAAAAGUAUAACUGACAAAGAUUGGGUCAUAGCUAUACUUGCUGUCUUUUGCCUUUUUAACCCAAAAAUCACAUCCAAUUUUUGUUGAAAUGGAUUUAGUACAAUACAAAGUGUUUAAAAAAAGUCAGCAGACAUAUACCUCUAUUUUCAAUAAAAUUAAAUAAGAUACACUCGGCAGUUCUUUUUUUCAAAGUUUUAGAUAGAUUGGCUGUUGGCUGACAUGCUUCAAAGCCUUUGAGGUGAUUGUUAACCUUCAUCUGAGUGCUUGAACUGACUCAUAGUGUCAGUCUAUUUUUUAUUAUAACAUGACAGUUAAACCAUGUUGUUCCAUGUGGUCAGCCUGUCGACAGGUGUGAGCACGCUUCUUACAAGAACUGAGCUGCUGCUGCUGCAGCUUUUAAACGGACUCUCUGGUCAACCACAAAUGUUUAAACUGAAGAGUUCAUACGCUGUGUGUCAAAGGGGUGAGUUGGGUUGACAUUCGUACAGCAGCCCAAUGCUGCCCUCCAGACACCAAACAUUGUCAGUGAAAGAAGAACAUGCACACCAACUGUUUUCAUAAAUAAUAUAAUGUACAAUAUAAAAUAGUGUAAUAGCUUUUUGUCUUAUUUUCUUCUGUUACCACCAAAUAAAGUACUAACUUACCAACUUUUCUUCAUAAAUGUAUUUUUCUUUAUAAAUUACAACACAGCAUGUAGUUUUUGUCAUAAGCACUGAUCUACUCUAAAGGCAGAAACAGUUUUCAUUGGUUGACACUCUACUUUUAGAAGCGUGCACCAACAGAACUAUUAAAAUUCUGCAAAAAAAAAAGUUCUGACAUCCAGAUAAUAAGACAAAAUUAGCCACAGGAAGAGGAGGUUCUAACCUACAUUACACUUGAGCUGUUUUUCAGUCUGAUGUUCAGACAAUCAGCAGCCAGCCAACAUGGAGGUCACCGCUCUCUGCAUCAGACUGUUGCUCAAUGUAUUAAUGUUGCUGUUGGAGGAACAAGUUCAACUCAGCUUUGCUCAGCAAGCCUAUGCAGCUUGGAUUGUUCCAACCAGACUGCAGCUCUUUGAUUAUAGCCCCAUCACUUUUAACUGCGAGGGUUUUAACACCACAACUGGAUGGAGAGUUAUGAGGAACAAAAAGGGAAAAGUCAGCAUGUGCUUCAGUAACUGGGAGACGGCGACACCGUCUAUCUGUGCUAUCAAAACUGUUUACCCAACAGACAGUGGAGAGUACUGGUGCGAGACUGUAGACGGAGAGAAAAGUAACACCGUCAACAUCACUGUCACUGCUGGUCCUGUGAUCCUCGAGAGUCCUGCUGUUCCUGUGAUGGAGGGAAAAGCUGUAACUCUGCACUGCAGGAGUAAGAUCUCCUCUGUCUACAUAGCUGAUUUCUAUAAAGAUGGAUUCCUCAUAGGAACCGGGCCCGUAGGAGAGCUGACAAUCAGCAGUGUUUCUAAAUCUAAUGAAGGCCUCUACAAAUGCAGAAUCUCUGACUUUGGAGAAUCACCAGAGAGUUGGCUGGCUGUCAGAGCGCUUCACAGAGAGACUUGGACCACUUCCUCAGGUCGCUCCUGUCACAUUUACGUCAUCUUAAGGACUGUUUUCACCAUUUUAAUGGUGGCUCUGCUGCUGCUGCUGCUGGGACUACUUCACUGUGGGAAACUCACAGUUACAGUAAUGUAGCUCAACAAAAAAUAUACUGUAACACAACUGUCCCAAUGUCCACAAGAGAUUAAAUAUUAGGUUAGAAUUAUUUAAAGCCAAGUUGAAAAUGUUGUGUUCGUGAAUAAAAUGAACUUGGAAUGGACUACUGUAGUCUUAAUAGUAAUCAUAUUUUCCCAUAAA